CGAUUGUUAUCCAUUGUAUCCUAGAACACGUCAGCGUUGUGACGAUUGACUUACACUAGCAACUUGUGUCAGUUAAAAGGAAAUACAAGAUAAAUUUGCUGUAGACUGUUGUGGAAAAUGACGAACCUUGUAAUAUUUUUACUUCUAAUGCGGCUGGCAAUGAUGCCUGCAAACUGUGAAGCCUUCAUGGUUCGAGGAUCUUGUUUGAAAGAAUGGUAUCCUGUUGCCAAAGAGGAUUGUUCAAAAGGAUGGCAUGGUGUCCACAAAGAUAAUAGCCAUAUUUUUUGUGUCACCUGCGGGAAUACUUCAAUUCAUAUUGAUGAUACAGAACAAAAAGAUAUUCAAGCAAGCAAAGGGACUGCAGAUUUAUCUUGUCUUUUCUUUUAUCUGAUGCUAAGUGUAACCCUGAUGUGCUUCCUUAAAGCUUUAGAAGCUUUAAAAUCUAGAAAGAAAAGGCAAGAGCAACAAUCUGCCAAAGAUCAAGAGGAUUCAUUGAUCCAAGAAACACCAUCUACUGAAGACAAAAGCGACAGCUGUCCAAAUGCUGUUGAGGACUCAAACAUCGAUAGACACAGAAAUAAAUCAGUUGAGUCAUUUUCCAUUUCCAACUAUGGCAGCAUAACAGGCAACAUAACAAUUAUGAAUAAAAAUAAGAAAAAAAUCUACUCUACGAAGAGGAGUCCACGCUACCGCCCUUGCAGAAUUGUAAUAAAUCAUGAAAAAAUUGAAAGUGAUGGUAUUGGGACUGAUUUGGAUCAUUCUCCAGCUAUUGAAAGUAAGCAACCAGUUCAAGUUUCAGGAGAGGAAAAUGGAGGAUCUCAUAAGUUGAUAUUUAAAGAUAAACCACAAAGUGUUCGUUAUGAAAACAGUAAUGAAGAUAGUGAUUAUUCUUCUUGUGACUCUCACUUUUCUUCUUGUAAUUACCUGAGUAAGAGUGUUAAACUGGUAGAACCUGAGGUGGAUAAAAGUAGUUGUGAUGAGGAAAAGGCUAAGGAGCAUUUUAAGCAGAACUUAUAUAAUGAACCUGAAUGGUUAUACAGACUAACCGAUCAACAUGCAUUUGAUAGUGUGUUUUUGCAAAAGGGAAGAGAUAAUCAUCCUUCUAGCUUAUAUAUGAGCUUGGAACAUUUGAAAAUAAGUAAUGAAAUGUGGCCAAAUUCUUUGUCUCGUCCUCCAGACCUGAAUGAAGAACCAACAUUUAUUAAGAUUCCUGACCCAAACUGUUGUUCAGCUGAUUGUACAGAGCCAAAGCAGGUUGUAACACAGUAUAAGUCUGACAGUAAGGAUGAUGAAAGUUUGAGCACCUCAUUAUCCACUCGAAUUGAAAAUUAUACUGACUACUCGGGUAAAUGCAAUUAUAAAGACACGGAAAGUAUCACUAGUGAUGAGCUUUGCUGUGCUGAUUCAGAGCAGAAGACUGAUGAUAGUGGAGUUCUGAUGUAUAAUGUUUCCGAUGCUGAAGAUCUUAAUUCAACAAAUAGAAGAAAAUAUAGCACUGAUUUGCAUUUAUAUGGAAGUGAGGUUGAUGUCAGUAAAGAUUGUGAUCACCAUCACAUGGCGACUCAAACUUCAUAUCAGACUUCAUCAGCAUAUUGCGGAAAUGAGGAUAUUAUAACUGAUAACAGUAUGCCAGAAAAUGACUGCAUAUCUGACAAACCGGUUAUUUCUUCAGAAAUACGCUCAGCUGUUAAGGAUUAUGGUUCCAUGGCUGCACAGAGUUCAAGUGAUGAGGUUCUUAAUGUUGUUGAACAGAGUGUAACAACUAACAGUGAUUGCAACAUUUUACAGCAAAUCCAACCAGAAGAGUAUGGGAAAGAGUAUAACUUGCAACAGCUAUCCGAAAAACACGUACUUCAACCAAAAACAUUGAGAACAUUUAAAUUUAAAGAAUGUGUAAGGAAGAAUCGGCAAUUCAAACAUCGAGGUAAAAAAUGUAAAUUGCCAUUGGGUGUAAAUGUGAACUGCAGAAAGACAGAUGUGUCUGCAAGCCAUAGUUCAAAUUGUAGUACUAGUUUUGAGGAUGCAAGUGUUAGCUCCACAAAUGGACUUCAAAAUGUAACAUGGAAUAAAAGAAUGUGCAGCAAAUGUCAUAGAAGACUUCAGUAUGAUGGUGCAAUAUGUAAUCAUUGUGAAAAUUAUAGUCAUUCUAAGAAAAAACACACAAGGCCAGUAAGAUUUUAUGCAGUGAAAGGUGAACUAAGUAGUGGUACUUAUGAUUCAGGACAUGAGAGUUCAAUUGAGGAGAUAUUAUCAUGGAGUGGAUGGAGAAGAACAUUGAAUGAGUUUUGCCAAAGGUGGAAGAACAGAGAUUUAGAGAUUGCUAAAGAUGUUACAAGGAGAUUGUACAUUGACUACUUCAGUGAUUUGUCUAAUCCUGAAAUAUAUGGACUUAGAACUUACUUUGAUCGUCUCAACACAGGCAUUCCCAUGACUCAAGAGGAGCAAAGACAGUUUGAAUGGUUAAGGUUUGUCUCCUUUUACCAGUAUCAAGGCAAUGGAAAUGGGAUUGCUUUAGCCAGAAAUGGGUUUUGCCAUAAUCCAGAAGAUGGCCCAAACUCUACACGCUGCUUUGCCUGUGAUGCCAGAUAUAAUGAGUGGGAGAUGUUUGAUAACGUUGUUGAAAUACAUACACGUUUGUCCCCAAACUGUCCCCUUCUCCAUGGCAACAUUGGUGAGGGCGCUCGUCGAAAUAUCUCCAUUGUCUCUGACGAUGUUCCCCGACGGAGACCAGCCCAGCAGCAAACUGCAGUGACGGCUGAACCCACUGGAAGGAAUGUGCAGGACUCACAACCUGCAAGGUCCACUUCAUCAUCAUCAUCAGCUGCUGCUGCUGCAGCUACCUCCGGCGCUUCAUCUGUAUCUUCAGUUGCAGCUACCUCCACUACCUCAUCUGAAGGCAGUUUUAUUCACAGUCAUCUCCCUUCUCAAUCAAGAAACCCCAUAGCUACCUCACUGACUCGUGUAAGUGGACUUGGUAACUUUGGUCGCCCAGUUCCCACCACCACCCAGCAAGUUACUGUCCCCUCUUCGGCCAAACCUGAGUCUCUGUUUAGUGCCCCGUCAACUUCAGCAUCAGCUGUAGCUUCCUCUGCAUCUGCAGUUGGGGGAAUAGCUGCAAGUGUAGCCAAUACUCACAUCAGCAGUGGAUCCCAGCAUAGUGGCUUUACAAGUAUGCAGCCAACCUCAGACCCGAAUAACACGGACCGGAUGUACCACUUGAACCCGACCACUCAGAUACGUGGGAUGGGGAUGGUGGAUGAACCGUACAAUGAGAUAUCUGUACCACCACCUCAACAAGGCAUUAGUGUAUCUGGAGUCAACCGUCCAUCAUCUAUACUUGGUAAUGAACCAGUCGGGGCAGGUGCUUUUAUUGCAGGUCAGCCCCAGAGCAUGCCAGUCAGUGGACACACCCAGGUCAGCGAACUGCGUAGCUCUUCUGUCCCACUUGUCCAAGGAUUAUCAGGCUCCCCAGGGCUCACCCCUCACCAGGAGGCCAGACCACCCCCACCUUCCACACAACAGGCACUGUCAUACCAGCAGAGAGGCCAGGGACUAGGAGGGGGUUCUGGUCCAGGGGAUGCCCCACCUGACCGGGCUCGUGGUACAGGCUUACCUGGUCUUGACCCAGAUCUAACCGCCGGUAUACACAUUGUUAGCCCACGCCACCCAGACUAUAACACCCUCACGGCUAGAAUCAACUCUUUCAGUGGAUGGCCUUCUCACCUUGAUCAGAACCCGAGGAUGAUGGGAGAGGCCGGAUUCUUCUAUGUUGGUAGGGGAGUGGCUGACUUCUGUCGAUGUUAUGCCUGUGGCGGUGGAUUACGCAAUUGGCAACCAGGGGAUGACCCAGUUUUGGAGCAUGCUCGAUGGUUUCCACAGUGCGAAUACAUCAUCAAGCUGAAGGGUCAAGCGUUUGUCACCGAGAUCCAGAGACAUGUCUCAAAUUUGUCGGCUUCCAACAGUACUCCAGCUGAAACACCCAGGCUGUCCGAGAACAACUCUCAAGACCCACUUGACUGUGAGACUGGGCGACAGCUAAUGAGCAUGGGCUUCCCCCAGGCCCGGACACGACGCGCCAUCAGGGAGCUCAGGAGAAUCCACGGUCGUGACCCCACACCUGAUGAAGUGUUGGACUGGAUGUUGGAGGAUCAUACUGACUCUGAGUCAGAGGACACUGAAAGUGCGACCCCGGCUGCUACCUCACAAACUACUACCUCAAUCACCCAUUCUUCCACGACAACCACCACUACCUCCAACCUCACAACAGCCCCGACUGGUUCAAUCAAUGUCUCCGUCACUUCCUCUACCUCAUACUUUUGUAGAGGAGCCAGUCAGGAGAAAACACAAAGAGAGGCUACUCCACCCACUUCUACCUAUCAAAGAGAGGAAAGUCCACCCAGUGGUAAAGUGGGGCAGGCAACUACAGGUGAAGGGAGUGAAGAGCCAAAGAAUGGUGGUGGUAAGAAGAAGAAGAAAAAGAAGGGUAAGGGAGGUAAAUCCAGCCAGGAGGUGGGGUCAGGGUCCACAGAAGGGGCCAGUGGAGGACCAGAGGAGGAGGAAAAUAAUGACAAAGGCACACAGAUACGACAGGAGAACGAAAAGCUUAGGGAAAUGCAGACAUGUAAGAUAUGUAUGGAACGACAGGUCAACACCACAUUACUGCCCUGUGGUCACUUGGUCAGUUGUGACCGCUGCGCCAGUAGGCUUGCGAAAUGUCCAAUAUGUCGGACAAAAAUAAAAGGGUCCGUAAAAACCUUCAUGACUUGAUGAUCAAAAAGCUUAUUAGGAACCAACUACAACUAAUGAAGGUAGGUAAUGAUACAGUUGGAGAAUCACGCUGAAGAGCUUGCCGGGGCCUGCUUUUUCCACCCUAGAUUGAAGAGGGAGGAGGGAGAACUACGCUCAGAACCAAGAUGGGGACUUUUGUCAUGGAUAGUAUGGAUAAUGGAUAGUGUAUAGAAGGAAUUAAAGUUCAAGCUAAGUGAGCUUUUAAAGAUAUGAUGAAGUUCCACAGGCACUAUGAUGUGAGGUUUAAAGAGUGAAAAAUGAACUCAAAAUGGUUCAUAAUGGAAUUGAAGGACAGUCCUAGAUUGGAGUGGAAGGGCAUUGUUUACAAUCCUGGAUACUGAAUAAUGAAUUUGACUCCUGAAGGAUAUAUUAACAUUGUUCGUGCUAGAUAGACACAUUUUUAUGGUUUGGAACAACACAAAUGUACCACAAGAAAGUGAAAUAUCUUUUCAAUCAAAGUUUUACUAGGAUAUAGAACGUUAACAUCUGACACCUGCAUACUUAUUGGUAAAACAGUGACAAAUCUAAGAACAUGCUUACAAUCUUAGAAUUGUUCUAAAAAAAGUCUUAAGAUGCUUUGGAUUAUUUGCAAUUAGUUAUGGAUAUAUUGAAAGAUUUAGAUUUCACAGUCUUAUGCCUGUUCACUCUUGCGCACAGUGGUCAGAAAUUGGCUCAUUUUGAGCAUUAUUUGAUAAGCAUAUAGAAAGCUGAAUUUUCUACCUGCUGUACCCUGUGCGUAGGAGUGUGUUUAUGAUAACAGAGUGGAUGGUUACUUUAAAUGCAGAUGAGAAAAGUGGGAAUGAAAAAGGAAAGAAGAUUCAUAUGUUGACAUUCUCUAAAAUUUUACUUUUUUUCAUGGAGCAUAAUACACAACAUUUGCAUCCAUAAAUACAUAAAUUAUAAUGGGAACUUAUUUUCAUUCACACAUUAAAUUAAAAAACUUAAUACCUUUUUACAAAAUUUGAACACCAAUGUAUUCUACUUUGUAAUAUCUUCUUAAAUAUAUAUAUAUAUAUAUAUAUUGAAAAGAUGUCAAGUUUGGCUAGUUUGGGUAAUUUGUAGUCAGAUAUGGUUUGGGAAAACAGAACAAAAUGUAAACCGUAGUAACAUUUCAUAACUGGAUGAAAAGAAGUCCCACCUAUUGAUGUUUAAAAGGGGGUUUAUUUUGAAAAAAAAAACGAAAACAAAAAACAUUAUAACAAGACAAGACAAAAAAUAAAGUUAAAUGACUGAUAAAAGGAAUACACAAUUAUAAAAUUCGGAAUUGUAAGUUUGAAAUUCGAUUUAAAAAAUACCCCAAAAACUAGAAAACAAAAACAAACAUAAAAAUGAAAAAGGAAAAAAUGCCAACAAAAAAAUUUAAAUACAUAUAAAAAAAUAUAUAUAUAAACUAUAAUAUACUUACCUGAAAAAAUGGAAAAAAACAACACAAAAACAUUUCUCUCUCUGUUGAAAUGUUUUAAUAAAAUGUUAUAUAACCAUCUCUCAUUGAAAAAAUGCAAAAAAAAAUACAAAAAAAGCAUUUCUCUCCCUCUUCCUCUUUGCUGGAAUGUAAUUCGCAGUGUGAUCGCGACAAUCCAGGUCAUGUUGGAAAGGUAUUGACGAGACCUGUCUUCAGGUCUUGGACUCGAGCCCGGCCGGCUGGUUAGGACUAAGAGUGUGUGCCAGGUUUGUCCCGCCAGCCCACAGCUAUUGAUGCAGCUUGCUAAGACCUUUCCAACGGUACCUCGCUAAGCCCGAUCAGACUGAGAAUGUUGCAUGUAAAAUAUUUGUUAAAAAACAUUUGUUCAAAAAUAUUUAAUCUAUGAUAGAUACAUAACAUUUAA